UUGCAUGAGCAACUGUUUAGGCGGGCUCUUCAGGGAUGAGAGAGACAUGGCUAAAAUGCGUAUCGCUCGAACACGUAUCAAAGAUUGAGGCAAAACUUAUCCAGAAAUAUAAAACAGAGAGCUCUCUCUAUCUUGUUGGACAAGGUGUCCCGUGUCCCGCCCUUGGUGAAAAACUUAAUUCAAUGCGCCUGGGAAGCAUAUUCUUUGCCGCCUAGGUUUUUUUUUGAUACCGAGCGUGUCGUACAUCGUUUGGCAAGUCAACUUAGCCAGCCAUUCGGCUAAUAGGAUGCCAACCGAAGCCUCCAAAUCGUCUAGCAUCACCAAAAUCUUCACAUACCGCAGUUCACCCUACUCUGUCUGGCAUACCCAAAAUCUCUCUAUCUCUCUCCAUAUAUAUAUAUAUAUGUGUGUGUGUGUGUGUGUGUGUGUUUGUGAGGAAACCGUAUUUCCGUCGGGCCCCUUCCAAUCGGAGAUGUGACCAUUCCCGCAGACUGCCCAGAGGUCACCGGGUGUCGCACACCCGUGUCUUGAUAGCCAAGUUUUGGUUGCGCUCUUGGCCACUCCUCUGGAGAUUCUGUGAUAUUUCACUGCUGGUCGUAUGACACAAGCUCCUGAAGACCAGGCGUUAGCGGCCGGCCGGCUCGCCUGCAGACAUUUCUCGAGUUGUGGCAGCAGAUAGUCUGGCUUUCCACGCCUAUCGGUUCAUCUCUGAAGUGGAAUUCUCGAGCGAAUGUGCGUGUUUCACAGCUUGCCUAAAACGUGGGAUCGGUGAGACUUGUUGUAGAGUCGAAUUCUAUGACUCUUGGUUUCGGAACAUGCUUUGGCAAGGAGUAUUAUGCUAUCAUCGGUGACCCCGCCGUUGUUACUUAUAUAGAUAUAUGUAUAUAUAUAUAUUGUAUCUGAGUCUCCCACCCUACUGGAAACCAGUGGGAAGGCACAAGUUUGGCAAUGGCGGGUAGAUGCUUGCCAUUGACAGGGAAGUUUUACCGAACCAAAUCUCCCUAAGAUUCUCUUGCUUGAGCUUUUCUAUCUAUGUCUUCUCUGAAACCCUUGCCAACAAGAGAGAAAGGUUCCGAGAACUUGAUAUUCGUGUGCUUUUGUUCUGCUUUGAACCACCCACUGUCCUGUUGUUUGAUACAAAUGCCAAUAUCUAGCUGGGCAUGUUAUCAUCAAGCAAGUCUUGCUGAUACAACAAUAUCCGAUACCUAAAGGGAGGAGAAAAAAAAAAGAAAGCAAGAAAGAAAGAAAAACCCUCCCUCUCAGGCAAUUCCAUAAUAUUCAAACAUUUGACGCUACUUUCAAUGCCAGAAUGGAUGUUCUGGACAGCAGCGGUUCCGCCCCUUGUGGUACUGUAUGUUUCGCACAAACGAGUAAAGAUCUCGAUGCGGGCCACUCAUAUGUGUAUUUACUCAAGUUACUAAUCAUCAUAAUUAGUAUCACUGUGGUAAAUGUAUGUACAUACAUGAACGAGAAGAACAUUCAGGACCCAAAUGAGGGACUUUUUGAUGUUGGCUCAUUUGCAGUGUCUUCAUUUGUUUCAACUCGUCCACACCUCAUUGAAUUACCACUCUGGCAGUGUCAUAUAGGGAACAGUUCAAUGGAAAUGUAGACAGAGUCUAUAAACAAUUAUACACGGUUCAAAUAAUUGACUCUUGUGACGUUUUGCUAAUGAGCGCUAUUUUGUGGCUUAUUUCAUAGACGCAAGGAUUCCUUCAAAUAUUGCUGGAUAUACAAUGCUGCUUUUAGUAGUGAUGCUUCAAAACACUUUCCAUGCUGUACACACUGAUAGUGUACAUCAUUGCUACUGGGACGAGAGUUGGCAGAGCUGGAAUAUAGUUACUAGCCAUCUUUCAAGCCUCCAACAGGGGCUAAUUUGACAUGUAUUUACUCUGUACUCGCUUGGAAUUUUGCAACUACGUUUAUCCAAUCUCCCAGAAUAUACAGGGUACCCAAGCCAGGACGCGGGAUAAACGGGAUAAACCUCGCGCUUCUACUUGCUGCUGCAGCGAUAAUAAGCAAUGUUCGCCUCGGGGUUCCGCCGCCGCGACGCAUAGAGAGCCAAUCCCAGGCGCUCCUGGACUGACCACCUGCGGAUGCUAACGGUGAUGCUAACGGUGAUGGUCACGGCUCGGGUUGUGACAGAAGCUGCCCGCACAGCGCUAAGGCCCUCCAAGAAUAGGUGUCAUCCAUGCCAGAGCUUUCUAUAUCUGAGCAAUGAGAAGCUCAGAUUUACCAACUUUUGUCGAGCAAUAUUGUAACACUAUAUACCUCUUGGCGCUGGGAGAGGGGAAAUUGGCUGCUCGUUGCUGCUCUUUUCUGUCCUUUUUGCCUGCGGCUUCUGUGUCACCUAAUGCUGUACUUCCUACACCCAGCCCAAACAUCGGGAGAGCAGCAGGACAGCAGUACCAGUGAUACCAGAGAAGAAUGCUUCCCACCACCGCUUCAGCCAUUACGCGCUUCCUAAGUACACAAUGAGCGUCCGCCAGACGUUUGUCGCGACCGUCCUUAUUGCCGUUUAUGCUGGUGCAAGAGCAAGUAUACCAGAUUGCGCGAGCAAAUGUUUCCAAACCGCUGUGAACGACCAUGCUUGCGACCAAUGGCUGUCCGAUGUUGACUGUUGCCGGAGCGACGCUUUCAUUCUUUUGAUAUACAACUGCAUCUAUGAUGAGUGCAGCCGGCAGCCCUUUGAUGAAGCGUGGAGUCAUCUCAGGGAAGAAUGUGACAAGGUCGAUGUUUAUAUUCCUCCCGCCCACUUUGUCCCGCUUCCUGAACCUACUUCGACCAGCAGUACGGAAACAACCAGCAGCACCACGACAACCAGCAGGUCCAGCACAUCCACCGCCUCUGUGCCGAUAACUACAUCGACAGCUGCAUCGGCCGCUGCGUCGACAACAGAAACUCCACCCACCGAGCCUCUAACUACGGGAACAACUACCACAGGCCCCAAGGCCAAUACCAUCCCUAGUGGCUCAGAUGCCUCAAACGACGACAAUGGAAGCGGCGGUCUUAACUCCAGUACAAAAGUAGUAAUUAUCGUCCCUCUCGUACUUGUCGCUCUGGCAAUAGCAUUGUUUUUUUUCCUCCGUCGACGCCGGAAGAAAGCCACCCCAUCCAGCACAGAGGCACCAAAUAACGCAGCUCACGAAAAUAAGUCACUGGUUCACGAGAUUUCAGGGACAGAAAUUAGCAGAGGUAGCAGGUACAGGUAUGCAGCGGAACUAGAAGCAGUCGAAGCCAGCAGAGCAGGAGGGACCACACUGCCUCCACCCAAUUCAACCAUGACGCCAUAUAUAGCAGGCAUGGACUCGCAUACCAACCUGACCGGCCGUCCACAGCGAGUUGGAAACCAAGCCGCCGCCAGUGCGAGCCACACUAGCGUUGUAAUAAAUCAUCAACCUAAUGACCCUCGCACUUCGGGUACUCCUGCACCAGCAGCAAUACCGCUCGCAUAUUCACCACCCACCACAAGCCCCGUAUCAAGCUCGAGUCCGCCAGUGUCCCCAAUUCAACCGCAAGGCACAAGCAAUUUCUCAUCACAGCAGAUGUCAAUGAUCGAGCCGUCUCUUAAUGUUUCGCUAGAAGAAAGCAGGGAGAUACAAAGGCUUCUUGCGAGUCUGGAGGCAGUAGAACGGCGGAAACGCGAGAGUGCUUCACGUGCGCAAAUGCUGGAGCGGGAAGAAGCUGCAGUGCGAGCGGAAGAGAAGGCGCUAUUGGAGGAGAUUCGGAAGAGAACUGGGAAACUCUCGCAUGGAAGUGUAUCGCCCAGUCCUGGACCGGUCUAACAUAAAGAUUUAUUUUUUGAUUAGCAACUUGACGCUUGUGAAAAAUAAAAAUAUAUAUAUCAAAAGCAGGGGGAACAUCCAACAUCCGUUCCAAUCAGUAAUUUUACUGCGGGAGCGACGUUCGCACGCUCAGGCUGGUUAAAACGGCAUGGAGUUGGAAGGCUUUUUCACUGAACUCGAUUAAAACAUCCAAACAAAGCAACAAAACGUCCCCUUUACCGGGAUCUCAACGAUACUUCCCAACGGACACAUCGAGAUUCAGUGCUUGAGGUUGCGGGAAGAAGAAAGGGACGGAGGAUGAGAAAAACGUGGAAUUUAACCAUCGCCCGUUACACCCACCGCCCAGCCACCAACCACCCAUCCCCAUACCAUACCACACAUCUACAGUACCUUUCAUAGUUCGCCCAUUUCAUCCUACGGGCAUGGCUUGCCACGGGGGGGGGGGUGCGCUUCACACGUAUAUUUAAAUAUCACACACAGUUUUUUUUUUUUUAUUUCUUCCACAUUUCAAUGUUUGAUAUCGAUAUCCCACCCCAGCCUUGCAUUUUUAGAAUUAACACAUAAGAUGGACAUUCCAAUGGUCAUCAUUCCAACCCAGACUUAGCAUUCAUCUAGAGAUGAUCUCAGUCUACAUCGGCGGCUGGUUUGCGGGAUUUUGAAAAGUGAAAAGGAGAAGGGGACAAAAGCACAAAGCACAUCUCACAAGCGGCCCCCCCCCCUUUCUACUUCCCUCAGAGUACUCCCGCACUUCCUGUCUACCCUUUCCAUGGAUGAUGAACUCCCAAACCUCGACAUACCCCCACAGAAUAAACAGGCCGACUAACUUACUCAAAAAAUCUAUCUAUCUCCUCAGUCAACCCCCUCAUCCUUUUCCUUUGUCACUCGAUACUGAAUCUCCACCGGCCCUGUACAGUCUGUACUUGAGUCCUACUAUUCUAUUCACAUUCCCGCCACAUCGGCUACAUAAGUGAUGAUUUCAUGGAGUUUCCGUAAUCCGGUGCGCAAAUUUUUCUUUUUGUGGCUUUAUUGCUACAUCGGAUAUUUGGUUAUGUUGUAUAGGAUCUGAUUGUAUUCUGUUUCGUGCUUCUUCUUCUUUUUACCUGUUUAUUUUUAUUUUUAUUUUUAUUUUUUUUAAAUCUCCUCAUUUGUAUUUCAGUGUGACAUCUAAGUGUGUACAUGUACAUAUACAUGUACAGCCUUAAGAUAGUCAAGUCAAAUAAUAACAUCUUCAUAAACCAGCCAGCAAAAUGAGAAUUUCAUCUGCCUGUCUGUAUCUGCGUACAUUUUUUACUUGAAUGAUAAAGGUACUCUUGACUACAUGUAUCUUGAUUUUUAAUAUAUAUAUAUAUAU